AUGAAUAUCGUGCUGAAAACUGAACAAAUCAUCUGUGCUAGAAGGGAGACAGAGAAGGGUCAGAGGGCCCUCUUCUACUGGCCCGGAGGCGGCCAGCAAGUUGACCUGGCCAGCGUGCUGACGCCCGAGAUCAUGGCCCCCAUCCUCGCCAACGCGGACGUCCAGGAACGCCUGCUGCCCUACCUGCCCUCCGGGGAGUCGCUGCCGCAGACGGUGGAGGAGAUUCAGAACACGCUGACCUCGCCCCAGUUCCAGCAGGCCUUGGGCAUGUUCAGCGCGGCUUUGGCCUCGGGGCAGCUGGGCCCCCUCAUGUGCCAGUUCGGGCUGCCCGCAGAGGCCGUGGAGGCCGCCAACAAGGGCGACGUGGAAGCCUUCGCCAAAGCCAUGCAGAGCAGCGCCAGCCCCGAGCAGCAGGAGGGGGACGGCAAGGACAAGAAGGACGAGGAGGAAGACAUGAGCCUCGACUGAGGCGCCCGCGUCGGGGGCGGGGGGUCGCCCCGCUCGUGCGGCCCCGGGAGCGGCGUUUGCCCUCCUCGCCCCCCACACCUCUGUCCCCACUUGCUAAUCAGUAAAGGUCUUUUCUUUUAUCUGC